AGCUGGAACGCAGGGGUUUGCCCCCGUGUAUGCCAGUGUCUGCAUAAGGGGCUUGAAUCCAGAGCCACUUGAGCCACAGCUCCACUCUGGCUUUUUGCUGGUUAAUUUUUCAUAAGAAUCUCAGGGAUUUUCUUGUAUGGGCUGGCUUGGAACCAGGAUCCUCUAGGAUUACAGAGGUGAGCCACCAGCACUUGUUUGGGAUGCAGUUAGUUAUUUGAUGUCUACUUGAAGAACAGUGCUGGUGGGGACACCAUCAGCCCUGCUCCAAUGGCCAAAGCUGACAGGAAGGCCCCUUGUUUAUGAACUCUGGGCUUUGACUUGCUAGGCAAGCACUCCACUACUCCAGCUGUGUUUUUUCCUGAGAGAGUCAGUGGCCUUGACCCUACUGGUAGGUGCUUUGUGUUGCCACCUCUGCACUCCUGUGUCUGAAUGCAGGGAUGCUGCCACUGCCACUACUCCCAAAGAAAUGCCCUCCUCCUGCAAGCCACUGCUAUUACCCUAGCUCCCUUUCAGUGGCUUACAUAUGCCUGGCCUCUCAGUUUUGGGACAUGGCUCCUUUGUGCUGUGAUCAGUUUUCCCUAAAUAAAGAGAACUUUUCAUGGCUCUCCAAGACAGAUCUCUGUUCCAGGAGAUUAUAAUUAAGCCAGUGAAGGUAUCACCCUGACUACCUUGUAUUCCAUAUUUGCUAUUCAAAACAAAUCAGAGGCCAAAUUUGGAGGUUGGUAAUAGAGAAGAGCCACCAAGAGACACUAGCAGCCAUCAGGGAGGAUGUCGGGAUGACACAAGAAUGUCCACCUAACACUAGGGAAAAUGGAUCAAACUUGACAGAGGAACCCUAGGUUGUUCCAAAUCUUUUCCAGAAGUGGCAGCUUCAGUGAAGUGUGACCCUUUCCACAUUUGGGCCUAGUCAUUGUCAACUCCUCAGUAAAAAGGGAAACUUGAUAAGGCAAGGAAAACAGUGUCAAUGAGUGAUAACAAGAGAAGAAGAAAGUAAACAGAGUCGUCUCCUAUUCCAUGUGGAUGAGAGUCCUCAUACAGGGGACUUUCACAGUUUAUCAGUUAAUACAGAAAAUGGAGUUUUAUGGCAGAGGCUUAUCUGUAAAAGCAUAAAUUCCUGUCCCAAUGACGUCCAGUUCGCCCUUUGGCUUGGAAGGCUCAGACCUGUCUUCCAUCAAUACCAUGAUGUCAGCAGUAAUGAGUCUAGGGAAUGUAACUGAGAAUGAUGGAAGCCCCCAGGGCAUCAAGUCCCCCCUGAAGCCUCCAGGACCAAAUCGGAUCGGCAGAAGGAACCAGGAAAUGAAAGAAGAAAAGUCUUCCUACAACUGUCCCCUAUGUGAAAAGAUUUGCACUACCCAGCACCAAUUGACUAUGCACAUUCGUCAGCACAAUACCGACACUGGAGGAGCCGACCACUCAUGCAGCAUCUGCGGGAAGUCUCUGAGCUCGGCCAGCUCCCUGGAUCGCCACAUGCUAGUGCAUUCUGGCGAGAGGCCUUACAAGUGUACUGUGUGUGGCCAGUCUUUCACCACCAAUGGGAACAUGCACAGACAUAUGAAGAUUCAUGAGAAGGACCCUAACAGUGCUACAACUGCAGCCCCUCCUUCCCCUUUGAAGCGCCGGCGGCUGUCCUCCAAGAGGAAACUGAGUCAUGACGCAGAGUCAGAGAGAGAAGACCCAGCACCAGCUAAAAAGAUGGUAGAAGAUGGGCAGUCAGGUGACUUGGAGAAGAUGCCUGAUGAAGUAUUUCAUUGUCCAGUAUGUUUCAAGGAGUUUGUUUGCAAGUACGGUCUGGAGAGCCAUGUGGAGACCCACUCAGAUAACCCACUAAGAUGUGAUAUUUGCUGUAUCACCUUCCGAACGCACAGAGGACUGCUGCGCCACAAUGCACUUGUCCACAAGCAGCUUCCCAGGGACGCUAUGGGAAGACCUUUUAUCCAGAAUAACCCUUCGAUUCCUGCUGGCUUCCACGACUUAGGAUUCACUGACUUCUCCUGUAGGAAGUUUCCUCAAAUUUCUCAGGCCUGGUGUGAAACAAACCUGCGAAGGUGCAUCAGCGAGCAGCACCGUUUUGUCUGCGACACCUGCAACAAGGCAUUCCCCAUGUUCUCUUCACUCACCCUGCAUAAGCAGACACACAGCACCGUGGACCAGGGACAGGAAAAGCUGCAGGCCAAGACCCUGGCUGGUGAUACCAUGGACCAGAAGCUUUUCUUGGCCUUGCUGGGCCUGCAGCACACCAAAGAUAUCAGGCCUGCUCCCAUGGAGGAACCCCUGCCAGAUGAUAACCAAGCAAUUCAGCUCCAGACACUCAAGUGUCAGCUACCUCAGGACCCUGGCUGCACCAGCAUGCUGAGUCUCUCUCCUUUUGAAGCUGCUUCUCUAGGCGGUUCUCUCACAGUCCUUCCAGCUACUAAGGAGAGCAUGAAGCAUCUGUCUCUACAGCCCUUCCAGAAGGGCUUCAUCAUCCAGCCAGACAGUAGUAUUGUGGUCAAGCCCAUCUCUGGGGAGUCGGCCAUUGAGUUGGCAGAUAUCCAACAGAUUCUGAAGAUGGCAGCCUCAGCCCCCCCACAAAUCAGUCUUCCACCUCUGUCCAAGGCCCCUGCAACCCCCCUGCAGGCUAUUUUCAAGCACAUGCCUCCUCUGAAGCCAAAGCCCUUGGUCACACCCCGGACAGUAGUGGCUACCUCCACACCCCCACCUCUUGUCAAUGCGCAGCAGGCCUCCCCAGGGUGCAUCAGCCCCAGCCUCCCACCACCACCCCUGAAGCUCCUCAAAGGGUCUGUGGAGGCAGCCUCCAAUGCCCACCUUCUACAGUCCAAGUCCGGGGCCCAGCCAAACAUGGCCCCACAGCUCUUCCUACAGCAGCCGAGGAUGGAGCUGCCAGGGGAACCAGAGAUGAAAACACAGCUAGAGCAGGACAGCAUCAUCGAGGCCCUGCUGCCCCUAAGCAUGGAGGCCAAGAUCAAGCAGGAAAUCACAGAGGGAGACCUGAAGGCUAUUAUGACCGUGCCAGGAGGCAAGAAGACACCGGCUAUGCGGAAAGUGCUCUAUCCCUGCCGCUUCUGCAACCAGGUAUUUGCCUUCUCAGGAGUCCUGCGUGCCCACGUGCGCUCCCACCUGGGCAUUUCACCCUACCAGUGCAACAUCUGUGACUACAUUGCCGCAGACAAGGCUGCUCUCAUCCGCCACCUGCGCACGCACAGUGGGGAGCGGCCUUACAUCUGCAAGAUCUGCCACUACCCUUUCACUGUCAAGGCCAACUGUGAGCGGCACCUGCGCAAGAAGCACCUCAAGGCCACCCGCAAAGACAUUGAGAAGAACAUCGAGUAUGUGAGCAGCAGCACGGCGGAGCUGGUGGACGCAUUCUGCGCGCCAGACACUGUGUGUCGGCUGUGUGGGGAGGACCUGAAGCACUAUCGCGCCUUGCGCAUCCACAUGCGCACUCACUGUGGCCGCGGCCUGGGUGGCUGCAACAAGAACCGCAAGCCCUUCGAGUGUAAAGAAUGCAGCGCCGCCUUCACUGCCAAGCGCAACUGCAUCCAUCACAUCCUCAAGCAGCACCUGCACGUACCCGAGCAUGACAUCGAGAGCUACGUGCUGGCGGUCGACGACAACAACAGUCUGGGCCCUGCAGAGAUUCCUGCAGAGGCCCCCGGGAGGGGCGAGGAGAGAAGCUGUGUUGCUUUUGGUGACUGUAAGCCCCUUGCUACCUUCCUAGAGCCUCAAAAUGGCUUUCUUCAUGGGGGUCCCACCCAGCCCCUGCCUCCCCAUGUCGCUGUGAAGUUGGAGCCCACUACUAGCAGCUUCACCAUGGACUUCAAUGAGCCCCUGGACUUUUCUCAGAAGGGCCUUGCCUUAGUCCAAGUGAAGCAGGAAAAUGUGUCCUCUUUCCUGAGCUCUUCCCCCCUGACCACCCCCUAUGACUGCUCCAUGGAGCCCAUUGACCUGUCCAUCCCCAAGAACUUCAGGAAAGGAGACAAGGACACAUUUCCUCCCAAUGAUGCUAGGAAGCUGGAGCCAGAAGCUGGGAAUACUGAGCAGCUCUCUUCCUGUCCACCACCCUGUACUACCUUGCCAGUGACUUUGGGGCCCACUGGGAUCCUGGAGAACUCCAUGGGCUCUGUGGUGGCUGCUACCACAGCUGCCACCCUGGAACCCCACACGCAACCCCUCCAGGGCUCUGUGCAGCUGGCAGUCCCCAUCUACUCCUCAACUCUCAUCAGCAACCCUCCCCUCUUGGGCAGCUCUGCCCUUAUAAACAACUCUACCCUCCUAAGCAGCCCAGCCUUGCUGCGACCACUACGACCUAAACCCCCACUCCUCUUGCCAAAGCCCCCCAUGACAGAAGAGCUACCCCCACUGGCCUCCAUUGCCCAGAUCAUCUCAUCUGUGUCAUCAGCCCCCACCUUGCUGAAGACCACAGUGGCCAAUCCAGGGCCUGCAAGCUCUGCUGCUGCCACAGACAACUCAGGAGGCUCCAUCCCCAAAGCCACCAGCACCCCCUCAGAUACCACAAGCCCCACAGCAUGUAGUGACCGCAGAACCAGCAGCCCAGAGGUGGCUUCACCUACUGAGCCAGGGCCAGCCAGCUUGUCCAAAAAGAGGGGCCGAAAAAAGGGGAUGAGGAGCCGGCCCUGUGCCUACAGUGGUGGUGUGGACCUGGACUCCAGUGGAGAGUUUGCCAGCAUUGAGAAGAUGCUGGCCACCACAGACACUAACAAGUUCAGUCCAUUUCUGCAGACUACAGAGGAUGAUGCUCAGGACGAGAUAGCAGGAGCUGCUGCCGACCACCACAGGCCCAGCGACGAGGAGCAAGGGAGUCCUGUGGAAGACAGGCUGCUAAGGGCAAAGCGGAAUUCCUAUGCCAACUGUCUACAGAAGAUCAGCUGUCCACACUGCCCUCGGGUCUUCCCUUGGGCCAGCUCCCUCCAGAGACACAUGCUCACACACACUGGUCAGAAACCCUUUCCUUGUCAAAAAUGCGAUGCCUUCUUUUCUACCAAAUCUAACUGUGAACGCCACCAGUUGCGCAAACAUGGAGUUACCACCUGCUCCCUGAGAAGAAAUGGGCUUAUCCCCCCAAAAGAGGGGGAUGUUGGAUCCCGUGAUAGCACAGACAGCCAGUCCGACUUGGAGACAUUGGCUGAGGCAGGUGAGGUACUAGAUCUCACAGCACGGGACAAAGAGCAGCUGCCAUCAAAGGAAGCCAUGGAGUCUAGCCCAGCCUCUGUGGAUCCUCCUGUGGAGGAGACCAAAGUAGACCUGGUCUCCCCUGGGAAUGAGGAAGAGAAGGGAGCAGAUGACAACCCUGAGCUGAAGGAAGAGCACACCUUGACGGAGAGCACGGGGGAAGCAGAUGGCCCUGAGGAAGACACAGCCAGCAACCAGAGCCUAGACCUUGACUUUGCCAGCAAGCUGAUGGACUUCAAGCUGGCAGAAGGUGAGACAUGUGCCAUAGGCAGCCGGGGGGAACCAGCCCUGCAGGAGCAGAAGCGUACCUGCGAUUCCUGUGGGAAGAGCUUCAAGUUGCUCAGCACCCUGAGUCACCAUAGGAAGGCACACGGCCACCAGGAGCCCAAGGAUGAGCAGGAGCUGCCCCUGGAAGGGGAGGCUGCCAGUGGACUAGCCCAGGAGCCCCUGCUGGCCCUGCCCUCAGAACCUGAGGAGAAGCCUGACAAGUCCCCCACAGGAGAAUCAACACCAAGCACGCGAGAGACUUCGGUGGAGAAGCAGAGUGAAGAGACAGAGUGCCUGUCUGAUGGGGAAGGCAUGGCAGAGAAGAAGUCCUUGGAGAGAAGCGAUGAUGACAAGAAACCAAAGACAGACUCUCCCAAAAGUGUGGCCAGCAAGGCAGACAAGAGGAAGAAGGUGUGCAGUGUGUGCAACAAGCGUUUCUGGUCCCUGCAAGACCUCACCCGGCACAUGAGAUCUCAUACAGGAGAAAGGCCGUACAGAUGUGAGACCUGUGAGCGGACCUUCACUCUGAAGCACAGCCUGGUUCGGCACCAGCGGAUCCACCAGAAGACCAGGCAUGGCAGGCACCUGGGGAAGGACAGCGACAGGGACGAGCGAGCUGAGGAGGACAGCGAGGCCGAGUCCGCCCACAGUGGCAACAACCCCAUCUCGGAGAGCGAAGCGGAGGCUUCCAGUGCCAGCAACCACAUAGCUAUCACCAGGAGCCACCAAAAGAGCAUAGCCAAUGCCGGGAAGGAUGGCAACCUACAGGAAGAGAAGGCAGCUGUGGGGCCAGCUGCAGAGCCCAGCCGAGGCACCCCAGAGGAGGAGGCAGCUCCAGGUGACCAGGACCCAGAGAGCCCAGCUGCCCUCGUGCCAGAUCUGCUGGACCUGUGCAGCAAGAGGCCUGCCCACCCCAUCCUGGCCACCGCCGAUGGUGCCACACAGCUCCUGGGGAUGGAGUGACAGCGCCCCAGCUCCCCACCAGCACAGACACAGCCAGCAGAGCAAAGAGCAUCCUGAACCUGUCCUUCGUGAGGCUUCCUCAGUUUCCUUCAGCUGUCGGGAAGUGAGUGAGAGAGGGAGGGUGAUAGAGACAAGCAAAUGUGUGGCCAGCCAGCUCGUGCCAUAGUCUUACCAUGCAUGUGUCCAUGUGCCAGGCCACAGCACAGUCAGUUCCAGUGCCUUAACUACUUUCAGAUCUUCCCAUGUCAUCAUGGGUGGCGUUGUUUUUCCAAAAUGACUUUAUAACAAAGCAAAUACUUUAAUGAAUUUAAGCAUUAACAUUACCUUUUGUAUCGGUGUGUGUGUGUGAGCUUGUUUUUGUGAAUCUGUGAUAUUAGUUUGUUCUGUGAGCUAGAACCAGAAGAAAGAAAAAAGAAAAGAAAAACCCAUGGAUACCAAUAGCCAAUAACUGGAAGAAAAUGAUGUGAAUUUCUUGUGUAUGACCAGAGGGAAGAUGGGUUUGAGGCCUAUUUCUCAAAUAGAUGUUUC